AUGAAGGAAAUGUUAAAUAAGGACCUGCAGGAGAUGCAGGGCUGCUCGGCUAAUGCACUGUCUGCCACUGAGCUCCGCAUACAGCUGGCAGAGAAAGAACAUGAGCUGGACCAUGCCAAAGAGGCCUUGCAAGCUAUGAAAUCUGACCGUACAAGGUUAAAGGCAGAGAAGACUGACUUAAUGAACCAGAUGCAGCAGCUGUAUGCUACAUUAGAGUCUCGAGAGGAACAGCUCCGUGACUUCAUCAGGAACUAUGACCAGCACAAAAAGGAGAGCGAGGAUGUGGUGAAGUCUCUGGCAAAGGAUAAGGACCUUCUGGAGAGGGAGAAGUGGGAUCUGCGCAGGCAAACCAAAGAGGCCACGGAGCACGUUGGCCUCCUGCGCUCAGAGAUUGACAUGAAGGAGAACAGAAUUAAAGAGCUGGAAGCUGAGCUAACUAUGGCAAAACAGUCUCUGGCCACCCUCACUAAAGAUGUUCCAAAACACCACUCAGUGGCCAUGCCUUCAGAGCUGGUGGUGAACGGUAGUCAGGAGUGGGUGAUGCAGGCCGAGCUUCCUCUCACUGCAGCAAUCAGACAGAGCCAGCAGACCUUGUACCAUUCCAGCCCGCCACACCCGUGAGACAGAGCUGCAUUGCGAAUCAGCCCGUGUCACUCACGCCAACCCUCCAUACUCUCAGACACAUCAGCAGCUGAUGGUGAUCGCUCGUCUACACCCAGUGACAUGAACUCUCCUCACCACCGGACUCACUCCCUCUGCAAUUCCAUGGAAGACCUCGAGGACCAGAAGCAUAAGAAGAAGAAAAAGGAGAAGAUAAGCCUGGGUUCGCUCUCCCGAGUGUUUGCCCUGGGAAAAUCCCAACGCAAGUCUCUGGACCCUGGUCUGUUUGAUGGUACUUCCAACCCUGAUUAUUAUAUUGAGGAGGAUACCGAAUGGUGA